GCGCGAGCUGAGACAGAGCUCUAGAAAGGCAGAUAGAGAGGGAGCAGAGGCAACGGCCCUCUUCUGGAGGGGGGGCUUAUUAUAACAAAUAUAUACACACAUGUGUGAACUGUUUGGCCGCACGAUAGGUCAUAUGUGGAUAACAGUUAUUUUAGAAAAGCAUACAACCGCGGCUUUACAUUUAAAAUGCCUAUUUUACUUUUUCUGUUAGACACGUCCGCCUCUAUGAAUCAGCGCACUUAUUUGGGUACGACGUAUCUGGACGUUGCUAAAGGCGCGGUUGAGGUCUUUAUGAAGCUGCGUGCCCGAGACCCGGCUAGUAGAGGCGACAGGUACAUGCUAGUUACAUUCGAUGAUCCACCAUACGGAGUGAAGGCAGGCUGGAAGGAGAACCAUGCCACCUUCAUGUGCGAGCUGAAGAACCUGCAGGCAUCUGGGCUGACUACAUUAGGUCACGCUCUCCGCACAUCCUUUGACCUGCUUAACCUCAACCGCCUCGUCUCAGGCAUCGACAACUAUGGACAGGGCCGUAACCCCUUCUUCCUCGACCCAUCUGUAAUCAUCACUAUCACUGAUGGGAACAAGCUUACACACAGCUCUGGGGUGCCAGAUGAGCUGCACCUGCCUCUGAACUCUCCGUUGGCAGGCAGUGAGCUGACCAAAGAGCCCUUUCGCUGGGACCAGCGUCUGUUUGCGUUGGUGCUGAGGCUGCCAGGAGCAGCCGCACCAGACAACGAGCAGCUUGGCAGCGUCCCCACAGAUGAGUCUGCCAUCACCCAGAUGUGUGAAGUCACUGGAGGGCGAUCGUACUGUGUCCGGACACAGAGGAUGUUGAACCAGUGUCUGGAGUCUCUGGUCCAAAAGGUUCAAAGUGGUGUUGUAAUUAAUUUUGAGAAGACAGGGCCAGAUCCGCCUCUCGUUGGGGAAGACAACUCAGUGGAGUCAAGUCGUCCUGUGUCAUCCUUCAGCCAACAGCCGUGGCACAGUUGCCACAAACUCAUCUAUGUGCGACCGAACCCAAAGACAGGGGUUCCAGUUGGGCAUUGGCCCAUACCAGAGUCCUUCUGGCCGGACCAGAACUCUCCUACCCUGCCACCUCGCUCUGCACAUCCUGUGGUGCGUUUCUCUUGUGUGGACUGUGAGCCCAUGGUGAUCGACAAGCUUCCCUUUGACAAGUAUGAACUGGAGCCAUCUCCACUCACCCAGUUCAUUUUGGAAAGGAAGUCUCCACACAUGUGCUGGCAGGUGUUUGUUACCAGCAGUGCGAAGCAAAAUGACCUGGGACAGCCAUUUGGCUACCUUAAAGCCAGCACCACUCUCACCUGUGUCAACCUGUUUGUCAUGCCUUACAACUACCCAGUCCUUCUCCCACUCCUCGAUGAUUUGUUUAAAGUGCACAAACUAAAACCAAACCUCAAGUGGCGACAGGCUUUUGAGAUGUACCUGAAGACAAUGCCUCCAUACUUCCUCUUGCCCUUAAAAAAGGCGUUGAGGAUGAUGGGUGCACCUAAUCUUAUCGCAGACACCAUGGACUGUGGCCUGAGUUACAGUGUUAUCUCUUACCUGAAGAAGCUCAGCCAGCAGGCAAAGAUGGAAUCAGAGCGUCUAAUCGUGUCUGUGGGGAAGAAGGCUCCCCAAGAAACCGGCAUAAAGGUGAAGAACCACUCCAGCUCUCUCUCCCUGGCCCACCGUCGGGACUUUAAGCAGUUGCUGCAGGGAAUCACUGGGGAGGGGCCCCUUCGCCUGGUGGACAUGAACUUCAAAGAGUUUGCUGGCUUCCAGAUCGCCCUGCUCAACAAGGAUUUAAAACCUCAAGCUUAUCGAAAUGCCUACGACAUCCCAAGACGGAACCUUCUGGAUCAACUCACCCGAAUGCGCUCCAAUUUGCUGCGGACAUCACAAAAACUGAUCCGAGGGCAGGAUGAAGACUAUCUGCACAGCAUCCCAGUGGCUCAGAUGGGAAACUAUCAGGAGUACCUUAAAAUGAUGCCGUCUCCUUUGAGAGAGAUUGACCCUGACCAACCUAAACGCCUGCACACAUUUGGGAAUCCUUUCAAGCAGGAUAAGAAGGGGAUGAUGAUCGAUGAGGCAGAUGAGUUUGUAGCGGGCCCUCAAAAUAAGAAAAGAGGAAAUUCCAGCGAUUCCAACUCGGGUGCCACUGUGAAGAGAAGGCGGAGUAUGUCCCCGUUACUGCGGCGGCCGCAGACACCACCAGUGAGCACCAACCAUGUGGUGGUGGGAAAGAGUCCGGUAGGGGUUCAAGGGCAGCAGAACCUCCUCAAACCCAUCCCACAGCACAAAGGAGUGGAUGGCAACAACAUGGCGGUCACUGAGAGUAACGGUGACGGGGUUCUUGGGCCUGAGUCGGGGGAGACCUGGCCCGCUGAGAUGGACACUGUAGCAGGGAACCCACCUUCACUGAGCCUAGAGGACAAGGCCGGGCUGGGUGCAGCAGAUCAGGGGGAGGGCAUCAACAUGAUGGAGGAGGGACUAGUGGAAGAUGGUCUAGAUGAGCAGCCGCUGGAGGAGAAACACAACUGUGAGCGACUAAGUCCACAGAGCCAGCUAGAGUGCACUGAAGCUGACCCUGCAGUGCUUGAGCCCAUAUUCAUAGCCCCACUAGAUGGCAGCCAAGCAGAGCUGAGGAGUCGGGUCAUAAAGGAGGUCCGCAAACCUGGGCGAAACUAUGAGGCAAUACUCAGACUACUGCAGCAGGUGAAAGGACCAGUUAAUGUUCAAAGGUACUUCAUCCAACAUGCUAUCAAAGAGGCUGUCAGGUUCAAGAAGCGGGUUCUGAUCCAGCAGCUGGAGAUUGCCCUCGCCGAGGUGGAGAAGAAGCAAGCAACAUCCCCACAGCUUCCCAACGAUCAUGGCAGUUAGUGAGGAAGCCAUGUUUGCUUUGUUACUAGAAAAGGGAAUGAAGCUCCUCUACUCUGAAGUAUAUUUUGUUGACUGUUGACCAUAAAAGAGACGUCCUUGUUGACUAGCCUCAAAAAUACAAAUUGGGGAACUGGAGGGGGGGGGAAGGACAAAUGCACUGAUAGCAGACACUCCAAAUGUCUCUGUGCUGUUACAUCACAUCCUGUUAGAGGCGAGAGUAAGGGGUUUAACUGGAGGAGGGGCCUUCAGGACAGAUCCACUGAGGAUUAGUAAAGAGACUUUGAAUAUAAUCCUCCUUAUAUUGACAGAUGCCUUAAACAUCCAUAUGGCUUUUGUCUGUAUUGGCACAUUGUUCAGUAGACACACACACACGCACACUCCGUUAGACAGAUACACAAUAAGCCGUCAGAUCCUCAAAUGGCAGAGCAAGGGAUGGACAGGGUCGUCCCUGUUAUUGUUAUUCUUUAAAAACAGACCUUUCUUCAGCUGGUCUGAAAAGUGUUUGUAAGACUGCAACCAUUUUAAUAAAAUGGUGUGCAUUCAUGUAGAUUUAUGGCUAACAGUAGAAAUCUGGUCCACAAAAUUAUACUGUUAUCUAAUAUUUUCCUAGCCAUAUCAGCUAAUACUGAUAUGCAGUAUAUGCAUUAGGGAUGGGCGAUAUGGAUAAAAUCUGAGUCUAUAUGUAAUUAUAUGUUGCAGUAGCAAUAGUGAUAUAUCGUCAAAUUUCUGGAAAAUCAAUUGAGAAACCAUUGAAAGAUAAAAUAUCCAGAUGGAAAUGUCUAUUUUUGGCGAAUCCAGUCAAUAAAAUACCUGCCAAAUCAAGGUACUACAUCCCAUUGAUGCAAACAUCCUGUAUCUGCAAUAUUGGCCAUAUUAAAGGGAUAGGUGCCUCAGUAUAAAUGGUAUGUCAAAAUCUCAAAUGGUAGACUAAUAUCUCUCGUCUCAGUGUAUAUAUGUCAUAUCGCCCAACCCUAAUUUGCAUAUUUUCAGUCUGUAAGUCCAAAAAAGGUUAACCUUCACACGUGUCUGUCUUAACCUAAUUAAUUGGCUUUUAAAUGUCCAAAUUGGGUCCAUUUUGUUACUACUUUGACAGUUCUCCUGGAAACAAACUUCACACAAUAGUGCUGUUUAAAGCUAAAACUGAUGGACACCAAUAGUAUAUAGAUAUAUCAGUAUUUUGGGACACUUGCACAUUACUGUGUUGGACUGGAAAUGGACUUAUCAUGUCCAUGAUACCUACCACAAGACCGUUGUGUUUACUGGUUUAUUGAUUGAGCAUCAUUAUCUGCCAUCACGCUGCCAUUACAGCAAUAGAACAGUGAAUGCAGCUGUUGGUAUCCAUUUAGAGUUUACUCCUCUAACCCUCCAACACACACACACACACACACACACACACACACACACACACACACACACACAGAGAGUCAUGUAAAUCUUCCUCCACAGCACCACAAACACUCCAUUGAUUCCCAGAAUUACAACUUUAUUCGGAGGAAUUUCUGCAUCUGUCCAGGCUCAGUUGACAGUCACCUGUUGUUGAACUUUAACAGCUGGUAAUCUGCCCUCUGCUGCUUUUUACAUAAACCCAGGUCAGCACUCCUCCUUUGUUUUCUUUGUUUUUAUGACAGAUGUACACUACUUUUUAAUGUUCAUAAAGAAUAUAGAUUAUUUUUGUGAAUUUGUUUAUUUCAGAGUAUAAGACAUAUUUUGAAUGAAAAUGUUUAAAGCCAAUUUUGUAAACUGUUAUAUACAUAUAUAAAACAAAAAGUUUUAUGAACCUGCUUUUUUUUAACAAAACAAAAAAUAAACCACAGGUAGAAUGCUAUAUCCUGUUUUGUGUGUCAGUGUGUGUUUUUCUACCUAGAAGUGACGUUUAAUAGCCUACAGUGGAAAAACAAUUGCACAUUUUGCAUCCAAACAUACAGCCUUUCAAGAUCAAUUAAUCUUCAAUUGACAUAAACAUGUUUUUAGCCACAGAUGUGUAAUCUGAGACUGACCAAUAUUUCUCAAACAGUGUGUUGGAGAAGAACAGAGAUUGCUAUUUGACACAGUGAGAAAUUAAAUUAUAUUUUGUGUGUCUGAUUUACUAAAUCCCUUAUUAUGAACAAGUGUCUGUUUCAGACAAAGGAAUGAAGUUGCUCUCUGGUACAGCUCAGUGGUUCAAGUAUGACAUCAACACUAACUGCAGAAGUCCCCAGACUGUUUGGCUUCUCACCCCUUAAAACAAUGUCUACUUGUGGCCCCUCAUCACUGGUUGGAUAUGUCCACUGGCUGCGACCGGUUCAACCAAAGACUGACUUGUCCUCGUUUUACUUGAAUGAUUUCAGAGGCUUGAAGAGAUAAAUGUAUCCAGUAAUAAUUAAUUAAAGGACAUAAAACACUGUGCUGCAGAAAUGUAAGUUUGAACUUCUUGAUUUGGUGCAGCUUCCUUGAUAACUCAGACUGCCACCUAGAGGCCGACAUGAGCAACUGAUCAGGUGGAAAUUUUUGUGAUGCAGCAAUCCAGCAACAAGGUCACAGGUACAUCUCUGCAUCGUCAUUAUUACUUUAAGAACUUUCCCUCCCAUAGACAAAGACUUUAAUCACUAAUACCAUUAGCAUUUGUUACCAAUUUCUCCACAUUGAUUAAGCAGGAUAGUAGAAUACCUAUGCCUUCCUGUUUUGUCUUUUAACAGCCCCUAUAGCUUGCAGCAGAGAUUUGAUCCCUUUUGUCUGGUAAAAGCAAUAUUCCAGCCUCUGAAUGAGAGAUAAAGGGAAAAAAAUGAUUCUGACAUCUUGUAAAAUCAGUAUGCCUUUUAUUAAAUUAAAAACAUCUGUUGAAUCUUAACAAAAUGUAAAACGAAGGAAAAAUGAACUUCACCCAAAUGAAUGUACGAUUACUUUCUAGUUCGUGUUCACAGUAUCAUUAGAGAGGCUGUCUAAUGUUUUCUGUUCUCACAUCUCACCUUGAGCUGAUUUCCUGUGACAUAAAUCAAACCUCUAUAAAAGCAUACAGGAUGUACAGAUGAGCCUUUAUGCCUCCAGGAAAUCAUCAAGUUCAUACAACAAAACUCAUUUCAGUUGACAAAAUGUUGCCAAGACAGCUGCUGAAGACCGAAGUGUGGAUGAAAUGAAACAGUAAUGAAACAGACGUUUUUAUGCCCCUCAUACAAAGGAUAUACAAAGGACAGCAAUAUCCAAAUUCAAUUCAGAACGGACAAAAAGGGUAGAUGUCUCUGUAUCUUAAGACUCCAAAGCGAUUACAUACUGUAUAUACAAACAAAUCUGCUUGAAAAAUUGAAGGGUUGGCACAGUCAGUGUUGAAUAUGGUGGUGACCACUUUUAUGGACAGAGAUGCAUGUUUAGACAGCAUAUUAGUGUAUGUACAAAUACAAAUUAAAGUAGAGGAAGAUUAAUUCUCACUUUUCCCCCCCCUGUCUAACAAAAACAAAUCUUAUCUAACGUUGAUGAUGUUACAGGCAGGAAAGGCCAGUCUCAGUGCAAAUGCUCCAGCUUGCGUAGCCGUAUGGGGUUGGGAAGAGCUUGCUGGUUGCGUACAGAGGAGGG